AUGGUUGCGGCCCCCGGCCAGCCCGGCCAGCCGUUCAAGUUCACUGUGUCGGACUCGUGCGACCGCAAUCAAGGAGGAGUUCUCGUUCUGCAGGCGCAGUACCACAACCUCAAGCUGGAAUGCGAGAAGCUUGCCAGCGAGAAAAUCGAAAUCCAGCGCCAUUACGUGAUGUACUACGAGAUGUCGUACGGCUUGAACGUCGAGAUGACCAAACAGACGGAGAUUGCCAAACGACUGAACGCCAUUCUGGCCCAGGUGAUGCCCUUCCUGUCUCAAGAGCACCAGCAGCAGGUGGCGUCGGCGGUGGAGCGAGCCAAGCAGGUCACCAUGGCCGAGCUGACCCAGAUCAUCGGGCUGCAAAGCAUGAACGGAUCAGAGAAGGACCACGAGCUUAAGAUGGCUGACCAGCUAAGGCUAUUAGCAAAGCAGAUCUCGCCUCAAAGAGCAGACCUGCCACGACUUUUGCAGCAGAUGCACGCGCAGCAGAUUCCGCAUAGCCACGCGCCGCCACUGACGAUGAUGCCCCACCCGGGCCUGGCGGGUGCGCCGGGUCUGCCGCCUUCCACCGUCGCCAGUCUGCUGGGGCUGACGGGACUGGCCGGAGGUCAGGGGGGUCACCCGACGGCGAUGGCUAACCCCAAACAUGAUACGGGCCGCGAGGAGUCCAAGACGUCGUCAACCGUCACAGGUGGCGGUCUGAGCUCUGACGACAAAAACCGGAACCAGUCGAUUUCCCCCGGCGGCAGAGACAAGUACCACCGCAACAGGAGUCCGGAGGCGGACACCAAGCGCAUGAAGAAGGAGGAGAAGACCGAGGGAAGCGAGGGCGACAAGAGCGACCUUGACCUGGUGGUGGAUGACGCCAACGAUGCCACGAGCGGUGGAGUGACGUCACCGAAGGAGAACGGCCUCGAACGGCUGCACCCGAAACGAGAGCCACACAGUCCUCAUAGCGGCACAUCCUCCAACGCCAGCACCCCAUCGAUGAGAAAAAUGGAGGACAAACCGAAUACACCCAACUCCACGGCCUCAGCGCCCACAAACUCCAGCCUAGUCAACGGCAAGCCCGUGGGAAAGGCCCCUCCCUUAGGGCCUCUCGGACCGUUUAACCUGCCCAGUGCGGCGGCGACCACAGAGCCGUACAACUUGGCCCAUGGCGCUGCCAACUACAGGGGAAAUAACGAUCUCAACUUCCACGUCCGCGGUGCGGGCCUGGCCAACAUUCCGGGAGGCAAGCCGGCCUACAGCUUCCACGUGUCGGCCGAUGGCCAGAUGAUGCCAGUGCCGUUCCCCACGGACGCGCUGCUGGGACCGGGCAUCCCGCGCCACGCGCGCCAGAUCAACACCCUGAGCCACGGCGAGGUGGUAUGCGCCGUUACCAUCUCCAACCCCACCAAGUACGUCUACACGGGCGGCAAGGGCUGCGUCAAGGUGUGGGACAUCAGCCAGCCGACGGCCAAGUCGCCCGUCUCGCAACUGGACUGCCUGCAACGCGACAACUACAUCCGCUCUGUGAAGCUGCUGCCGGAUGGCCGAACCCUGAUGGUGGGGGGCGAGGCGAGCACGCUGAGCAUCUGGGACCUGGCCGGCCCCAGCCCGCGCAUCAAGUGCGAGCUGCCGUCGUCAGCGCCGGCGUGCUACGCGCUGGCCAUCUCGCCCGACUCGAAGGUGUGCUUCAGCUGCUGCAGCGACGGCAACAUCGCCGUCUGGGACCUGCACAACCAGCAGCUGGUGCGCCAGUUCCAGGGCCACACGGACGGCGCGUCCUGCAUCGACAUCUCGUCCGACGGCAACAAGCUGUGGACGGGCGGCCUGGACAAUACGGUGCGCUCGUGGGACCUGCGCGAGGGCCGCCAGCUGCAGCAGCAUGACUUCAGCUCGCAGAUCUUCUCGCUGGGCUUCUGCCCGACCGGCGAGUGGCUGGCCGUCGGCAUGGAGAGCUCCAACGUGGAGGUGUUGCACGUGAACAAGCCCGACAAGUACCAGCUGCACCUGCACGAGAGCUGUGUGCUGUCACUGAAGUUCGCCCAGUGCGGCAAGUGGUUCGUCUCCACCGGCAAGGAUAACCUGCUGAACGCCUGGCGGACGCCGUACGGGGCCUCGAUAUUUCAGUCGAAGGAGUCGUCGUCGGUGCUGAGCUGCGACAUCUCGGCCGACGACAAGUACAUCGUCACCGGCUCCGGCGACAAGAAGGCCACCGUCUACGAAGUGAUAUACUAGACCGGGUGGCGCGUACCUACUGUCGGUGCCGGCAGAGACAUCUAGUGGCACCGCGACGAACCACACCAGUGAUACCGCGCGAGAAUAUCUAGUCCGGACGUACAACUCUCACCUUGGAUGGAUUCUAAUCAAAAUGCGUCCUAUUUUUGUCGGUCAGAAUGCGGCGUCGGUGGGUGCAUGCCGAGAGGCGUGACUUUGGUGGGGUUUCUCGUUGUUAUUUACCUCUUCUUGGAUGUCAGUGUCCGUGUAACCAUACAGUGUUUUCUGAGCGUUGCGUGUUGCCUGAGGCGCGCCGUCGGACGCCAUGACAGUCUGCCAUGGCGCGCCGCCGCGAGCCCAGCUAGCAUACUGCGAGCGUGGACGGUGGCCGUUGUACAGGGAAAUUUCAGUCCUUGACACAUUUGAAUGUGGUAUAUUGGACGUUGAUACCACCGCACAGCACCCCGGAGCGCCUGUGCGCGUGUCUCUGUGUCCCGGCAGCCGGCUGGGUGCGGGUGUGUGCGGUGUGGCUGUCCCCCUAGCGUAUCUCUGUGUACCCUCCCGGUCCUGCGUCACCUGCGCUUACUGCCGCCGCCAGUGCACCUCGCCGGCGUCGGCUUGUCGUGGUAGAUGAGCAGGGACUAGUACAAAAUACCGGCGCAGCGUCUCGGGGCCUGGCCCACCCUCUCGCUGUCCGCACCCCGGCGUGAUCAGACGCGCCGCCACGGCCGUCGGUCGGGGCACGCGACCAGCGGCGUCAACACCCGAUCACCACGCGCCAAGAUCGAUGGCCACCGCCUGCA